AUGUCCCAAAUGCCAGAGCCACUACAAUCUCGACAAAAUAACUUUUUACCUUCCGCUGAGCGGUUCAAUCCUACCGAUAACCAAACUUUUGCUCAUCAUGUGCAAACUUUAUAUAAGCUUGAAGCACCAAUUUCCAAUAUUUACCUUGCUUUAUCAACCGAACGCCCUGUGUCAAAUCUUAUAGAAACUUUCAAUAACACCGUAGAACAGAUCGACCAAUGGCUAGUACAUGCUAAUGGUGCUAUUCUCGCACUAGAACUUGACGUUCGGGAAGGAAUGAACGUUAAAAGCGUGGGUGAAAUGGACAUAUUAAUACAUAAAUUCGCACCGAAUGUUGACGACUUGUUGCAAGAGCUGCUAAAAUCAAUUUUCAAUAACCUUAAGGACGCUGAUGACGAGGGGAAGCGAAAAGAAAUUCAGGAUACCUUCGAUAGAAUAAACGCUGACUGGGUAGAAGUAAAGACAUUCUUUGGAAGAGUUAAGAAAGAGAUGUCAGAGUCAAAACAAAGACGCGAACUUUUGGACACAAUGAAUCAUAUAAUAACUUCUAUAGAAGAACUGAAUACAAGCAUAUUUGAAUAUCAAGAACAAAGAUUAAGCGGUUUUGGUGAAGGAGUCAACGAAAACUUAUCUUUUCCUAAGCUAAGUUCCAGUCCAACCACACGCAGUAGAUCGAUUACUCCUGCAGCACUUAGCAAUCUAAGUAAUAAUUCUCACAGCAACGAAUUAAGCUCACGAGCCGAGAGUGCUUUAAGGCAGCUGGACUCUCGAUUAGAACCCCUAGCUGCACGUAUAGAAUAUUUGAGGUCUCGAUUAUCUGCUCCUAAUGCACCUUCGGAUCCUAAUGGUGUAUUGGCGAAAAAAAACAGCAUUUUAUCAGGUAAAUGGGAUGCACUGAAAAAAGAAAUGGAAACGUUGAGAGAAGAAUUGAAAGAAGAUAGAUGGUUAGGAGUCUUUAAACAGGUAACAGGUAAUGCGAGUCAUAUGAUGGACUCGCUCGAGAAAGCAGUUAAACAAUGCAAGGACUUUAUGACAAGAGCUCUUAGCCGAGUAGAUUCCCCUUUAGCACUAAAAUUAUUACAGCAAAAUAGAGGAGCACCGAUACCAUCUAGAUACAACCAAAGGACUUACUUGCAACAGCAACAAUCGCUAUCACAACCCCCUAUAGCUAUAUCAUCUAAAAAUUUCCAAAGACUUUAUAAGAGCUUCGAUGCUAAACGAAAAUAUUAUGUUCCUGCGGUAACCAAAAUGCUCACAAUGCUCGCAAAUGGUAUUAAUCAACAAAUGACUAGGGAUUUGGAAGCUAUCAAAAAGUAUAAAUCCAUGAAGGAACGCUGGGACAAUAUACUGGAUGGCGUAGAAGAAGUUCAACGUGAUAUGCCAGGACUAGAAUCAUUGAUGGAGCAUUCUUACAUGUCCAAUAAUUCACCUCCUUCGUCGAGACCCUCGUCCAGAGCAUCUUCGCCACCGAUGUCACCAAACAUGAAACCAACAAGAGGAAUGUUUUCACCAGAAUCCGGUUCUCCAAGAGGGCAAAGAUCGUUGUCCCCAUAUGGAGUAAUGCCUCCACUAGAACAUCAUGAACCUUCUGUAUCUCCAUCACGCAAUAAUGCUAGAUCGCCAUCUUUAAGAUCCAAAUCUCCAUCCCCUCGAGCUAUGAGUCCAUUCGGUGGACGUAAUUAUUUGACUCCUAAUGGUCGCCGCGCGGAAAGCCCACCACCACCUCAUUACGAACGACAACAAUGGAACGCACAAUAUAACAAUUCUUUAUACAAUAACUCGCAUUACAACCAGUCAUAUAAUAAUCACAACGGUUCUUAUUAUCGCGAUCAUACCAUCUCACCUCAACCGAGGAACGGACGAUCUGAUUCACCUAUAAGGUCAUCUUCAAAUCGAUCAAUAUCCCCAGAACGUUCGUCUGCUUCUGCCAUACCACGACCUGUUACAAGUAUGGGAAUUAUUAAUAGAACAUCUUCACGGGCUGGUAUAAGAUCGCUUCUACCGAAACCGAGUACGCCACAGCCAGGCAUGGCAUCUAUGUAUCAUAAUGGAAUGGCAUCCCCUCCACCAGUGUUACGACGACUACCAGUAAGAUCCCCCACUCCAUCUUCACAAACCAGCAGUCCAUCUAGGCCAAUCACACCUGAACAUUAUGAUGAUCCUAUGGCUCCAUUAUCGAAAAUGAAUAAUCGAUCAGAUAAAUAUGUUCCUGUGAAAAGUGACACACUUGAUGUUGAGGUCGCAAAGAUUGUUAAUAACUCACCAAUUCACGUAAAAGUUGAAAGAGCACCGGGUGGUGGUGGUCGAUAUUUCUUUGGUAAUGGAGAACCUGGACGCGAGAGAAAAGUUCACAACGUCAAAUUAACGAGUAAUGGAAAUAAAGUCAUGGUUAGAGUGGGUGGUGGUUGGACAGAGUUAGAUAUGUUCUUAUUGGAUCAUAGUCUAAUGAAUAGUGUGAGAAAUUUAUAA